GAAAGGAAAAAUGCAACUGGUAUCUCCUUGCUAGUUUAGCUGUUCUCCCUCAGUUUUCAGACCAAAGGAAAAAGAAAAAAAAAAACAAGUCAUUCUCAUCCUCAAUGACUACCCAAGCAGAUAUUCCUUCUUCUUCUGCUCCUCUCCCUAACUACGAUGUCUUCCUUAGUUCCAGUGGAGAAGACACCGUUCGAAAUUUUACAGAUCAUCUCUAUACUGCUCUGGACCAGAAGGGGAUAUUUACAUUUAGAGAUGGUGAAGAUGGUGAAGAACUCGUAGCAAUUGAAGAAUCAAGAUGUGCAAUUGUGGUUCUUUCAGGAAAGUACACCGAUCCUUGGUGUUUGGAUGCGAUUGCAAAGAUCGUUGAAUGCAAGGAAGUGAUGAAACUGACAGUACUCCCAGUCUUUCAUGAUGUGGAUCCAUCUGAUGUGCGAAAACAAACAGGGGAUCAUUUCGGGGAAGCCUUCUCGAAGCAUGAAGAGGCCUUUAAACACGAACCGGAGAAGGUGCGCAGGUGGAGACGUGCUCUACUUGAAGUAGCCAAUCUCUCUGGAUGGCAAUUGCAAAAUGGGGAUGACGGAAAAUUGAUUGAGGAAAUUGUUAGGGCCACAAUAAGUAAUCUAGGUGAUACCUAUACCUCUUCAAGUAUUGACAAGGGCUUCAUAGGAAUGGAUUCCCGCAUUGAUGAUUUAUUAAGCAAUUACAUAUGUACGCAGCUUGGUGGGGUGCGUUUUAUAGGGAUCCAUGGCAUGCGGGGCAUAGGUAAGACAACAGUUGCUCGAGCUAUCUAUGAUGAAAUUGGUCAGGAUUUUGACCGAAGCUGCUUUCUUUCCAAUGUUAGAGAAUUGUCUAAUCACAAUGGCCUAGUUUCUCUACAAGAAAAACUUCUUUCCAUAAUCCUGAUGGUAAAAGUUAACAAUAUAGAGAAUGAAUACAUAGGAGCUUCUAUGCUACAAAGGCGGAUGUGUAGACUAAAGGUGCUUGUUGUUAUUGAUGAUGUGGAUAAGUUGACACAAUUAGAGAAAUUGGCUGGAAGUCGGGACUGGUUCGGUCCAGGGAGUAGAAUCAUCAUAACCACCACAGAUAUUCAUUUGUUAGAGGCACAUGAUGUUGAUGCUACAUACAAGGCUACUGGGUUAACUCGUGGUGAAGCUAUUCAACUAUUGAGUUUAAAGGCUUUCAAGAAAUGUACGCCACCAGAAGAUUAUUUGGACUUGUGCCACUGUAUAUCAUGGUAUGCUCAGGGGCUUCCGCUGGCACUUGUGGUUUUAGGUUCUUUUCUAUUAGGUAGAAGCGCUGAUGAAUGGGCAAGUGCAAUUGAAAGGCUGAACAAUAGACCAAAUAGAGUAGUUACGGAUGUGCUUCGGAUUAGUUUUGAUGGACUAGACAAUAAUGACAAGGGUGUUUUUUUGGACAUUGCAUGUUUCUUUAAAGGAGAGAGUAUAGAUCGUGUAACAAGAAUACUACACCGAUCCAACUGUAAUCCAGACAUUGUGAUACAAGUUCUUGUGGACAGAGCUCUAGUAACUGUGGUUGAAAGACAAUUAUGGAUGCAUGACCUGAUACAAAAAUUGGGUCAAGAAAUUGUUUUUGAAGAAUGUCCUCAAGAGCCUGGCAAUCGUAGCAGGUUGUGGAGUCCGCAAGAAAUCAUCCAUGUACUCGAGAUGAAUAAGGGUUCAAGUGCACUUCGAGCCAUAGCCUUAGACUCUCCAAAAACAGAAGAUAUACACUGCCACCCAGAGGCAUUCUCUGUGAUGCAGAGACUUCAGUUUCUCCAAAUCCGUAAUGUGAAUAUGAAGGAAGGCCCCAGUUAUCUUCCUGGGGGAUUAAUAGUUCUGGAAUGGAGUGGGUAUCCUAUAGGAAAUCUCCCACAAAAUUUUGAUCCUAGGCAAUUAUGUGAACUUAACCUCUGCUACAGUAGCAUUAAACAACUUUGGAGUGGAAUAAAGAACCUGCCCUAUUUGACAGUCAUCAAUUUAAGCUACUCUUGGAAGUUAAUUAGGACCCCAGAUUUUACACAUGCUCCAGGGCUUGAAAGAUUAAUUCUUGAAGGUUGUACAAGUUUAGUGGACAUCCACCCAUCCAUUGCUCACCUGGAGAGGCUUACUUGCUUGAAUCUUAAAGAUUGCAGAAGUCUUGAAAGUCUUCCAAGUAAGCUUGAAACAAAAUGCCUUCGAAUUUUUGUUCUUUCAGGCUGUUCAAAAGUCAAGAAAAUUCCAGAUUUUGUGGGAUGUAUGGAAGGCUUGUUAGAACUUUAUUUGGAUGAGACUGCUAUAGAGCAAUUACCUAUAUCAGUUCGACUUCUGACUGGCCUCAUUUUAUUAAAUUUGAGAGAUUGCAAAAAUCUGAAGAGACUUCCAAGAGACAUUGGCAAUUUAAAGUCCCUCAAGCGUCUCAAUAUCUGUGGAUGCUCAAAACUUGAAACGCUACCAGACAGCUUGGGAAAGAUAGACUGCUUGGAAGAGCUUGAUGCGGCUGGUGGUAGUUCCAUAAGCAAUAUACCAUCCUCUAUUUCCUGUUUGGAAAAUCUUGAAGUGUUAUCUUUUGGUGGAUGUAAAGGGAUGUCAGGCAACAUGACAAGAUAUCCCCUCAGUUUUCUGUUGCCCAUAAGUGGUUCAGGUGGUUUGCGUUCUUUAACGGAGCUAAAUCUCAGUGACUGUAAUCUUCAGGAGGGAAGCAUACCGGAAGAUUUUGGCUGCUUAUUCCCUUUAGUUUCACUAAAUCUAAGCAAAAACAACUUUGAUAGUCUUCCAAAAAGCAUCAGACAGCUUUCAAAGCUUCGCAACUUGAAUUUGGAAAGUUGUAAGACUCUUCAAAAAUUGCCAGACCUCUCAUCAAGCUUAAACUUCAGUUUCGGGGCAGACGGCAGUUUUUCACGGGAAAGGCUGUCAUCAUGUUUCAAUCUGAUUAAUUGCUCCAAAUUGGUUGUCAAUCAACGAUGCAACAAUAUAGCAUUGAAAAUGCUAUGGAGAUCUCUUCAGGGAAUUCCUUCUGCAGGAAAUAGAUUUGAAACUAUAAUUCCUGGCAGUGAAAUCUCUGAGCUGUUCACUGAUCAAAGUGCAGGACCAGUUAUAAGCAUGGAGCUACCUCGACAAUGGCAGAAGAAUAAGUGGAUGGGAUAUGCAUUUUGUGCUUGUUUUGUCAUCCGUCGAGAUCUUCCAGUUCCAGCUAACCGGCUUGGUAAAUGGAAGUUCGGGACCCAUAGCACUGCAAAUGGUCUUCGAUUCGAAGUGAAGCCUAAGAAUCUGGGUGUGGCUGGCUGGUGUCCUUCCUUUGUCUGCAGCCAAGAAUUAGGCCAAAUUGAGUCGAAACACCUUUGGCUAUCCUUUGUCUCUGGUGAUUAUUUUGGAACAGCAUGGCAAGAAACCUUUCAUAACAUCGAGUUUACAUUUAAAACAUUAGGCACUGGUAUGGAGGUGAAGAAGUGUGGAGUCCGUUUGAUAUACAAGCAAGAUUUAGAUUUGAUUGGAAUGACAAGAUGAUUCCAACUUCCAAGCAAAUUUUGUUUGCAAUCAUUUGACAUAUCAGGAGUUGAAAAGUUGUCAUUGUUAAACAAUGCCUUUUAUCUCGAGCAAACCAGUGAAUCAGGCAACUUAAUGAGGUUGGUGUGCAGGCAACUCAAUGAACAUCCAUAUGCUGCUGAGAUGAGGAUCGGUACCAGUGAAAUGAUGAAUUCCAGUGUUAAGCUUUUGUGAUCUCUCGGCGGUGGCUUGAACCCAUGUGUGUCUUACAUGACUUGGAUUGCUAUUUUAUUUUAGUACUGAUUUUUCACAAAUUGAAAUACUAUUGUUUAGCCAUCAAACUUUAAAUAGCCGGUGUAGUUGAAAUAUUGGAAAUCCUUAUUUCGUCGUUCUUGAUCUUAUGUUAUUUGUUUGGCUUGUGCCUUGUAUAUUACUGUAUAUGCAAUUAGCCCGAGACUGAGAGUACCUUAUUCGUGUUUGAGAGUAUGCAUAAAUUAACAGAGAGAGGGAGAGUA